ACAUUACUUAUAACAGCAGUGGGCAAACUGGUCACUCAAGAUGAAUUUAUGCUGCAUAUUUUUGUCAGUGGUCUUUGUACAGUCAGCAGUAGGUCAAGUGACAGUGCAGCUGUCUGGCAAAGCUUCCGGUACAAUACAAGUAACAAAAGAUGGCGUUAUGGGAACAAUAUGUGAUGACCAUUUCAACAAGGCAGACGCAGAAGUCGUAUGUCGUAUGUUAGGUAGCAAAGGUGGUGUGGCUUCACCAACUGCUGAAGGUGUAUUUCCACCAGGAACUGGGAAGAUUUUUUAUGAUGAGUUAAAUUGCGUUGGUACUGAACAGAAUAUAGAUCAAUGUCAAAGUGGCGCCAUUAACGACUGUUUCCAUAGCGAGGAUGCAGGUGUUAUUUGCGAUUCAAGUGAAGUUCAGUAUCGUUUGGUUGAUGGAUCGGAUCAGAACAGUGGUCGUGUAGAAAUUAAUAUCAAUGGUGUAUGGGGCACUAUGUGUGAUGAUGAGUUUGAUGCUACUUCUGCUAAGAUAUUGUGUAAACAACUUGGUCAUCCAUCAACAUAUGCGACACCAGCUGCGUUUGGUUCCGGGUUGACGACAGCACCAAUCUAUUUUGAUGACGUUCACUGUAUUGGUACUGAAACAGAUAUACUCAACUGCAAUAUGACAGCAAUAGGAGACAAUGACUGUGAUCACACUGAAGACAUCGGUGUUCGUUGCGCUGAUCAACCUCCAAAUGUCCAAGUGCGUCUGGUUGGUGGUACAACUACUGAUGAAGGUCGAGUAGAGGUCAACUUUGGUAAAGGAUGGGGAACCGUAUGUGAUGAUGGUUGGAAUGCCCAAGAUGCCACAGUGGUCUGCAAGAUGCUUGGAUAUACAGGUGGUAGUCCAAAACCAUUUGGCGGUGCGUAUUUCGGAGCUGGUACAGGAGACAUAUUAAUGGAUGAUGUUGCCUGUGCGGGAUCAGAGUCCACUCUAGGAAUGUGUAACUUUGGUGGUUUUGGAAACCACGAUUGUGAUCAUACCGAGGACGCCGGUGUAAGUUGUUCAGGCAAGGAUGUUGGGGGUGUAACAGCUGUUCGUUUGGUCGGUGGAUCUUCUGCUACUGAAGGUCGGGUUGAGAUCCAACAUGGCAGCCGAUGGGGUACAGUUUGUGAUGAUCAAUUCGAUGAUAGAGAAGCACGUGUUGUUUGUAGAAUGCUUGGAUUUAAUGGUACAGCUAUAGCAAUCGGAAAUUCCCGUUGGUCUGGAGCUACUGGCCCUAUUUUUAUGGACGAGUUGAAGUGUAGUGGUGCAGAGGCGAGCAUUGGAGAUUGUCAGUUUGACGGUUAUGGAAAUCAUGACUGUGAUCACACAGAGGACGCCGGUGUUAUCUGCAAUGCUGGUAAUAUCACCAAUGAUUUAAGAAUAAGAUUAGUGAAUGGAAAAACACAGUACGAGGGUCGUUUAGAGGUUAACUAUCAUGGUCAGUGGGGUACUGUUUGUGAUGACCAAUUUGACUACAGAGCUGCCAAAGUUGCAUGUAGAAUGCUAGGGUAUUCCGAAUCAAAUGCUCAAGCUGUACAUGCUGCCCAUUUUGGAGAAGGAACAGGAUCAAUUAUACUGGAUAAUGUUGCUUGUUCCGGACGAGAAGACAGCUUGUCUAGAUGUCGUCAUAAUGCAUAUUUAACCAAUAACUGUGACCAUUCAGAAGAUGUUGGAAUUCGAUGCGAAGGUAAAACUGAGAGUCCUGUCCGUCUAACUGGUACCUCAGUACCCUUUGAAGGACGAUUAGAGGUAUUCCAUUUAAACCAGUGGGGAACGGUUUGUAGUGAUGGGUUUAACAAACAAGCAGCUCAAGUUGUCUGUACUAUGCUGGGAUAUCCAAGUGAUACACCAGUAAUUAAACAGACAACAUCUGUCGGAUCUGCCACAACAAAUAGCUCUAUGCCUAUCUGGAUGGACCACGUACAAUGUCAAGGAAAUGAGACCUCACUCGACCAAUGCAGUCACGAUAGAUGGGGUACUAACCACUGUACACACAACCAGGAUGUUGUCAUACAAUGUAGAGCCCAUGGUAUUACCUGCUACCAUUGCGAUGGUUUAGAUAAACCUUCCGACUGUAAAGAAACCAUGCAAUGUGCAGCUGGAGAGGCUUGUGAGGAAGCAUCUUAUAUUGUAGAUGGAUUAACAAGAUAUUCACUGACAUGUCAGAGUAAAUUGGUAUGCGAUGCUAUUGCUAGCGGUGGUACUAUAGUUGGAAGAAAAAGACAGGCACAAACUGUAAAAGUGAAGUGUUGUGAUACUCCACUAUGUAACAAGAUGUUGUUAGACUUCGACCCAAAUGCACAAGGUCACAGUACAGGAGCAUGCGCAGACAAAGUUGGUAUUGACUGUAACCAACUAGACACACUUAAUAUUUGUGCAAACGCUCAGGCAGCUAAGUUAUAUUGUCCAAAACAUUGUGGUUUGUGUACAUAGGUUAGGUUGUACAUCUGGUUAGACUUUAUAUUUAAUUAAAAUAUACAUUUGGAAUAAAAUUGUAAAUAAAACA